UCAUUUACAGAAAUUGGUAGAAGCAAGGUCCAAGCCCGCAGCCAUGUCAGAUGAUUGGGAUGAAUCUGAUGCAGCCCCUGCAUGUGAUUGGAAUAUAGAGUCCUUUGGGCUGCCAACAAGUUUUGGAAGCUCAAAGAAAGCAUUUGACACUGGCAGUGCCUUUGGUGAUGGAGAACGGGGCUUUGGUGAAGGUUCUCAGAACUUUGAUGACCCCUUCGGGAGUGAAGGUGGCUUUGGGGGCAGAGGAAGAUCCAGGGGAGGUGGUAGAGGAGGAGGUAGAGGUGGAUCAAGAGCAUGCUUUAAGUGUGGAGAUGAGGGCCACAUGGCAAGAGAUUGCCCCUCAGCAUCAGAUAGUAGGGGGAAUAGAACUAACAACAGAAGGCAAGACAACUGGGGAGGCGGCAGUUCAUCCAAGCGUGCCAAUGGAGAGUCCUUUGGGUUUGGGUCUGCCUUUGGUCAAGAUCAAGAAAGUGACCCUUUUGGUGCUGCUGAAUCUUCCAGCUUUGGUUUUGGCUCUGGGUCUGGUUCCAGGGGAGGUAGAAGGAAUGAUGGUGGCAAAGGAUGCUUUAAGUGUGGAGAGGAAGGCCAUAUGUCUAGGGAUUGUCCGUCUGGUGGAGGACGUAAUAAGGGCUGCUUCAAGUGUAGUCAGGAAGGCCACAGUGCUCGUGACUGCCCAAACCCAGGUGAGGGAGAUGAGAAAAAACCAAGAGCUCCAAUUUAUAUCCCAGAGGAUGUAAAUGAAGAUGAGCUCUUUGUUAUGGGCAUUGAAGCUGGCUCCAACUUCGAUGCAUAUGCUAACAUUCAGGUCAAUGUAACAGGAGAUGAUCCAAUUCAAGCUCCAGCUGCAAGUUUCCAGACCAUGAAUCUACGUCCUUUGCUUCUGGAGAACAUUGUAAAAGCUGGUUAUGGUUGUCCAACACCAGUUCAGAAGUACACCAUUCCAAAUGUGAUGAAUGGACGAGAUAUUAUGGGCUGUGCUCAAACAGGGAGUGGGAAGACAGCUGCUUUCCUGCUGCCAAUGCUACACCAUAUUCUUGACAAUAACUGCCCAAGCAAUGCAUUUGAGGAACCUGCCCAACCAACGGGACUGGUGAUCUGCCCAACCAGAGAGUUGGCUAUCCAGAUCAUGCGAGAGGCUCGAAAGUUUUCUCACAGCUCAGUUGCAAAGUGCUGUGUGGCCUAUGGUGGAGCUGCAGGAUUCCACCAGUUGAAGACCAUUCAUAGUGGAUGCCAUAUUUUAGUAGCAACACCAGGAAGAUUACUGGACUUCGUUGAAAAGGGCAAAAUUGUCUUCAGCAGUCUUAAGUAUCUGGUUCUAGAUGAAGCAGAUAGAAUGCUGGAUAUGGGCUUUUUGUCUAGCAUCAAAACAGUGAUAAAUCACAAGACAAUGACACCAACUGCAGAUCGUAUAACAUUAAUGUUUAGUGCUACAUUCCCCAAUGAGAUUCAAGAACUUGCAUCAGCAUUUUUGAACAACUAUUUGUUUGUUGUUGUUGGAAGUGUUGGAGCAGCAAACACUGAUGUCAAACAAGAGGUUUUGUGUGUGCCCAAGUUUGAGAAGAAGGCGAAGCUGGUAGAGAUGUGUGAAGAAAUUUUAAUCAAUGCUGAUGAUGAGAAGAUCUUGGUAUUUGUUGAACAAAAGCGAGUGGCUGAUUUUGUCGGUACUUACCUCUGUGAAAAGAACUUCCGGGCCACCACUAUGCAUGGGGAUCGUUACCAAGCACAGCGUGAACAAGCAUUAACAGACUUUAGGACAGGUGUCUUCAAUAUCUUGGUAGCUACAGCUGUUGCAGCACGUGGUCUUGAUAUUAAGGGCAUUGGUGUGGUAGUCAAUUAUGAUUUACCAAAGGAAAUUGAUGAAUAUGUCCACCGCAUUGGCCGCACUGGACGUCUAGGGAAUCGAGGCUUGUCCAUUAGUUUCUAUGAUGAAGAAGCGGAUGCCUGCCUAACAAAGGACUUGGUGAAGGUCCUGAGUGAGGCCAAACAAACCAUCCCAGACUGGCUGACACAAAAGGCAAAUACAAGUGGAUAUUCACAGACUUACUAUGGCAGUGGCCUGUUUGCUUCCUCUGAUAUAAGGACAAAGAAUGGGGGAGAAAAAGACUGGGAGAAAAACCAAGGUAGCACCUUUUUGGGAGGACCUAGUGAAAACAACGUGGAUGAAGAAUGGGACUAAAUUUAAACAUUUUCUUGUAUAGUGUACCUUUUACAUUUGCUUUUGUAUUAUUCUUGAACAACUGGUAAUAUGUCCAUUUGAUUAAUGGUUAAUUUCUCGGGAAAUGAUAAAGGUUAUAGCACUGAAUUUUACUUAUAAGAACUUUCAGCUAAGUCUAUUUUCAGUAGUUUUGCUGAACAUGGGAACUAUGUUGUUUUCUUACAAAGGUAAAACUUAGCUAUGAAAGAAAGUUUUCCAAAGUACCACAAAGUAAUAUAGUUUAUAUGAUUUUGUGAUUAUCAUUGUCUUUUGUACUAUUAACAUUGGUUCAAUUGGAAUUAAAAACUAGUUUAUAGUUUACAUUCAUUGAUUUUCUUUAUUUCAUUAUUCAUAGCAUAGUUUCAAGACAUUGUUAUUAUUGAGCUAGGAUACAUUUGUAAGCUAAGAAGAUUAUGCAUAAAAUGUGAAUGUGGAAUAGUGUGUUGGGGUAGUUGUCCCUUAUGAAGUGGAUGUCAGCACCCUCCUUACUUGGCCUUUGAAAAUCACUAGUCAUGUUUGCAUAUUGAAAGGUAUGUUAUAUUUUCUUAUUCACAGUACAUGUGCAUAUAAAUUGAGGCAAAGGU